AUGAAUUCAAUAAAAUUGUUUUUUUGUGUUUGUUUAGUGAAAGUUUGCUUAAGUAGAUGUAACUCAAUAUUUUUUAAUAAAAAUGUUGAUAAAUGGACAAAAGAACUUUUAAAAAUGCCAACAAAUGAAUAUAAUAAUUUAAAUGAAUUAAAUGAACUUACUGAUAGAAAAUUUUGUGGAAAAUCACUUAAACAUCUAGCAGGAUUAAUUUUAGAUAAAUCAGAUAAAGAAGCAAAAUUAAUUAUUGAAGGAUCUAUAAUUUCAAAUAAACUAAUCUUAAAAAUGGGAAAUAUAAAAGAAAAAGAGAUUAAUAUUAAUGAAAUAAUUUUACCAAUAGAAACUUUAUCAAAUAAAUGUAUUAACAUAAGACAAAUGAAAGAGGUUGAUUCUACAAUAUUAUGUUUAGGCAAUAAAGUUCUCAGGAAUUUUUGGAUAAAUUCAAUAACAGAUGCAGUAUUAUGUAAAAUGACAAAAAUUAAUGGGAAAUUACCUGAAUUUAAUUAUGAAGAGGAAAAAGAGGAAAAUAAUGAAGAAAUUAAUGAAAAAAAAAACAAUGAAAAAGAAGAAUCAAAUGAAGAAGAAUCAAAUGAUGAAGAGUCAAAUGAAGAAAAAAAUAAAAGUAAAAAUAAAAAAGAAAUAGAUGAAGCAAAAAAAAAAAUUAUUAACGAAGAAUUUGAUGAGGAAGAUGAAAAUGAAGAAAAAGGAUUAAAAUUACGAAUAGCUAAAAGUAAAUUUGGAUAUCCGCAAGUAAAAAUUAAUGGGAAAAAUAUAGAAGAUAUUAAAAAGAAAGAAUCAUUAAAAAAAAUACCAAAAUCUCAAAACGAAUUAAAAAAUUUACAAAAUGAAAAAUAUGAAGAAAAUCUUGACAAUGAUACAGAUAUAGACGAAACAGAAUAA